AUGGCUCAUGCCUCGCCACUUUUGCCCCGAUCCGAGAAAUCAGCUGUCAGACGUCUGGCACGACUGGUGAGAGCUGCAUUCCGUCAAGAUGAAGAGGAGAACACCGUUAGCUCGAAGAAAAAAUCUAAAUGGAGCGAGAGCGACCUAUUUAUAGAGAGCUUGCUGAAAAUCAAAAAGGCGCUGGACGAAAACGUCAAACUCCAAGCGCGAGGACAGGGGAAACGAUCAAAAGGUCGAAUCGAUGCUGAGAAUCGAGGUAAAGUUGGAGUAUUUGCUGUCAUAUGGUGGCGUGGCCGCACGGAGUUUAGUUACAGUUAUCUCAUUGCGUGCAGCGCCACUGACUUUGUCGAUGUGUUACCAAGUGCAAUGAGACUAUUGUGCACACCCAAGGGCACAAUGUGGAUUACAUGGCUAUUCCUCGAUUCAAAUCUCGACUAGGUUUCCUGACUCCGGGUCUUUCCAAACACGGCUUAUUGAUUCUUGAUGCUUGAUUCGAUCAGAAUCACUGCAUCUAAACCAACAGCGCGGCUGUACUCGUCUUAAAGAGGUUCAGUCUGGUUUGUCAGUCACCUCAUUAUGAAAGCUGGAUGAUGAUGAUGAGCCUCCAACGAAGAUGCAAC